AUGGUCUCACAGGUGUCACCGACUCACAUCUUCCUUCAGUGGUUCAGCAUGGCCCUGCAGGUUUUGGAAAGCCGCUUUGCACUCCGGAAAGAUGCAAAUCUUUUCGUGGCUGCUUCUGACGAGAAGAUGGAUGUUAUCUGGCGUUUCCUCUCGAUUUUAUCAUGGAUCAUAUGUAUUGUUAUGCGGAGAUAUGACACGGUUCUUCGCGGGUGCUCUCCGAUUGCGCUGGAGACACUUAUUCCACUGUUGCGCGUCGUCCUCGUGGAGGACGACGCAAUGUUGAGGCGAGAGGAGCUCAUGGCCUUGUCAAAUGGAAAUGGCACCACUCAUCGACUACAAGGUAUGACAAGCGCAGCUGUGCGCAACAAUUUACCGCAGCAAAAACGAAAAGAAUGUGUUGGGCCUCGAACAGCGUUUGCAGUGGAGCUGUUCACGUGGUUUACUCUAAUUCUUGCACUGCUGGACCUGACGAACAUUCACCGGCUCUCGGUGGCGCUAUUUUUAGCCAAUACUAUUCAUUGGAUUCGCCUCGGGCCUGUUUCGGCUAGUUGUUUGGUGGCGCUCUAUAUAGUCAUAACCUACCUCUGGUACCCCGCGUACCCUCUGCGAGAUACGUUUCUUACUCUAUCAGGACAACGUUCAUGGACGCAUCACAUGUAUUCAAGUUACAGUCUGGCGUUUUCGUUGACGUUACUGAUGACGGACACACAGUUCCUCCAGCGUGCACGGUACGCAGUUGUCUCAAGGGCCAUCAUGCUGCCUUCUUCCCUAGAGAAGAAUCUCGCCAACACACCGCUGAGUAAAAUGUGCGGUGUAGUGCAGAAAUUUUCAGAUGUGUUCUUUUUUGUGGGAUUCAAUUUUUGUAUGGCCCUGGGCGUGUGGUUCACGGCUAUGAUGUUCGAGUGGGGACUAGAGGUGCCGUGCACGGGCGUCAUAUGUGCUUUAUUAACUCCUCCAGUCAUUUUGGGUGCGGAAUGGACGCGGGAUUUUAACAGGGCACUAUGUGAGGGGAUUCUCUGCUUCGUAGCAUAUCUUGUCAUUGGGCUCUCGGUGUUCCUUUUCGUUCCGGCGCACUCGCUGCCUUUCACAGCGAACUGCAUGGCAUCUGCAUUUUUUGUUGUGUACAUGGCCGCACAUUCACCACGGCGUGUUACGUCAACGCUGCCGCUGACGCUGUUAUGGUUGGUGAUGGUUGGCAUGGACGCGUACUGGCAGAUGCAACGUGGCGCAAUGGGUGAGCUGCGUUCUGCGUGGCUUACCCAGCUUCUCUGUCUCAACGCCAUCACACUUGGGGGCCUCUUUAUGUUGUCAACUGCACUCCACGUGUACCGGUGGGAGUGGCCAACAGAGUCACCAGCAACAGCGACGGUGGCAGUGCCGGCUGCCGUGACAAAGUCUAUUGCUUCAACAAGGAGCGAACAAAAACAAAAGGAGAAGAUCACACCGACCACAGUCUCGCUUAACGUGGAGAGGGCCACCGCGCCUGUAGCAGCCGUAACAGCAACGUCACAACCCUCCGUAGCGAAGAAAAUUGAUAAUGGCAGCGAAGAGAAUGCACAAACUGUACUCUCGCCUUCAUCGAUGUCAUCGUCAUCUGUAUCCCUGCCAUCAGUGCCAAUGGAUGUGAAGACCGCAACAUUGGUGGAUCCCCCAUCGAAGACAAGCAAAACAGCACACAUUCAUGAGGGUGAUAAAGCAGUGGGGGAAGCCGUGCAACAAUCGUCUUCGGGCCCGAAGGAGAAGCAUAUGCGUGCUUCAAUUGAUGAACACGCGGAUGCUGAUGUCGUGGUCAAUACGGGCAGAAGAGUCUCUUCCUCUGCAGUUUCAGCGAGCCGCAAGAGUGUGCGUGUGUGCACACCCCCGCCCCCUGUCGCUGCUUCAUCAAAAACGGAGGAAAUGAAGCGUGAGGAGCCAAUACACGUGCUGAAUGACAAAAAAUCGUUGCCGCGGGUUACCGCUUUGGAAGAAGUGCAAGCCACGAUCGCUGCAAAGGCGGAAGUGGAGGAUGCGGCCACGUCGUCGGUAUCGUCCGUGUCAACGCGCAGGGACAGGGAAGAAGAACACACUCAGCCAUCCCCUGCCACCGAUGAACCGUUCAAGUUGGAACCAUCUUCAUACUCUCUGGCGCUAUCGUCUUCACCACUGCAAACGAGCAGUAGUGUCAGCAGCGUUGAGAGGAGGAGCAGAGCGGUCAAGAAGAAGACGCAGCAUCCUACACCUGCAACCGAGGAGGCUAUCAAGAAGGGUAGCAAGUCUACCGAUCCCACGACGACAACAUCGGGCCCAACGACAACGACCCCAACGCCACCAAAGGCAGUGGAGAAGGCUGUGACUAUUCCACUCCCAAGAGGUCUGAGGAAGGAUUCACUCCCUGCGUCUCGUCCACCUGCUGAAAUAUCGGCGGUAAAGGCAGCAGCAACACCAUCUGUAACAGCCCCAGAGCCAACCAAGACGGUGCCGCCCACAACCUGGCAGACGCGCCGGGCUGCUCCCGAGAGGGUUGGGAAUACCUUCAAGGAGAAUGUCACCAAGACAGGCAAUCGCAGGGUGGUUUUGACUCACGGCGCACAGUCGCCUCCGCCACCGUAUUCGGAGGCACAGAAGAUGUUGCAGGCAGAAUCUUCUACCGAAACAAAGAAGCACACUGUGGAAAGAUUUACAUCCCACGCAGAUGGGACCAAUAAUCUUAACAACAACAGCAAGCUCCACGCUACGGUGUCACAGCCCAGGAUUUUGGAGGGCAGGCGGUUUACUGCGGAGACAACGGCGGUGUCGGCGACGGUGAGCGGCACAGCGGCAUCGCGUUCAGAACCUGUGCAGCGUGGUGGUAAACAAAGACAAAGUAUCCCUGAUGGGCGUGAGAGCGCGACUCUUGAAAUCCCACAACCACGCUCCACACGGACUGUCCAGGCGGCGGCGGCGGCGGCGGCGGCGGCGGCUCCGCCUCCGCCUACUGAAACAGUGUUGGAUUCGCCAACGCCUGAUACACCCCCUGUGCAGCCGAGUCUGCUGGGUAUUGGUAGUGAUGCUCGUGAGAAGAUGCUUGCACUAUUGAGUGACAAGUGCUCGGUGGAGAUGUCGUCACACGGCGACGAUGACGUGCCCCUGGACUUUGCACAUCUCCACAUUGAAUCACCGGCAAGAAGCACACCUAAUUCACCGCGCCACCAUGUGCCUGUUCCGACGUACGAGGCGUCACGUGGCAUGCCGCCAUCUGCCCGACACGCCCUGGAGAACUUCGCAAAGGCGUGGAUGCCGCAUGCAGAGGCGCCGGACACUGACUCAAACGACAGAUCUGCACGGGAGACAGAGCAACGUGACGUUGAGCUUAAUGUGAAUACAGUGCCCAUUUCACGCGUGGCUGUGAACCGUGAGUAUCCUAUGCAGAACCUCUUGGCUCCAUCUGCAGUACCGCAUGCGCCCACGUUUACUGAACCGCGAAGCAACUUACUGAGACAGAAUCCACACCCGAUGAUUGUAACGGAAGACACGGUCGAGAGAAACAGCUCGAAUUCAUUCCAGAUGACUGCGCCAAAUCUUCGGCCACACGUCGCGCCGCUAACGCACGUUGAACCUCACAUGGUUACAUUGCCGCAAUCACAGAUUAAUCCGCAAAUGCCCAUGAUGCUCGUGCAAAUGAGUGAUGGACGGAUGACCCUUUGUCCCGUUGUUGCCUCUUCCUACACCGCCGCAACGCAUGCUGUUCUGACAUCGCCACAUUUGAAGUCAGCUGUGAUACCACAGCCGCCGCCGCCGCAGCAGCAGCAGCAGCAGGCCAUGGCUUACCCCCAUGUCGCUCUUGCUCAGCAGCAAGUGUAUCAGGGGGGGUGGACGCAAAUGAGUCCGUACCAGAGUCCGAAGAAGUAG